AUGUAUCACAAUCCUCGUCUAUUAAGUGUUGUUUUUUUCCAUGCCAUUUUUUCUGCUUUUGGAGAUAUUCAGGCUAGUGUAAUUAAUUAUAUGGCAGUUCCUUUACGAACAUUCUUUGGACGUUCAUUGCAGCAACGUUUUGGAAUUGGGCCUAAUAGUGAAAUAUUUGAAUUUAUUUAUUCAAUAAUUGCUUCCAGCUUCUUUGGAGGUGUUUUUAUUGCCGGGGCGAUAAUGGCAAUUUGUAUGGAAAGAUUGGGAAGGAAAGGCACAUCUGUUUACCUUCGUUCUUUUAUUGGAAUUCUCUCCUCUUUAGCUAUGUUAUCUGCUAAAUGGCUUGAUAAACCCGAACUUUUUUUAAUCGGUCAUUUUCUUGCUGGAAUGGUCCAGACAUUAAAAAAUGUUCUUUUUAUUUAUAUUGCUGAAUGUGCACCAACAGAAUGUAGGGGAUGGGCAGUUACAAUUAUCGGGUCCGGGGGAGGAUUAAUUUUAUUGUUACUUUCACCUCUUUGUAUGCCUGAUAUUUGGGGAAAUGACAGAGAUUGGUGGUUAAUACCAGCAAUUUGUUUAUUAUUUGCAAUGUGCCAUAUAUUUUUAGCUGGAAUUUAUUUUCCCGAAUCGCCCAAACAUUUAUUUAUUGGGGGAGAAAAUAAAUUAGAAGCAAAAAUUUCUAUCCAUUUUUAUCAUGGAAAAAAUGCGGAUAUUGCACAAAUUUUUGAUGAAUUUAAUUCUGAACAAUUAGUUGUACAUAGAAAAAAUGUUUCUUUAAGUGAUUUUUGGAUUAGUCGACGUUUAAGAUGGGCUACAGCAAUAACAUUAUUAGUUGCUUUUGUUCCCGCUUUUUCUUUUGCUAAUCUUAAAGGCCAAUAUUUGGAAUCUAUGUUAAUAAAUUUUGGAUUAAAUCAGUCAGCAGCGAUGGCCUCCACAAUUGUAAUCACCGCUCUAGGCACUCCAUUUAGUGUUCUAGCCCCAAUUCUUGUUGAAUCUAAAGGCCGUCGUCCUUUAUUCCUAACAAUUGCUUUACUUUCUUCGAUUGAAUUAGCAUUUAUUGCCUUUGCCCAAUUUAUUUUUGAUAAUUUUGGAAGUGGUUGGAUAGUUGCCGGGAUUGCUUUAAUUGGCUGUUCUUUUGGUCAAGCAAGCGUUAAUCUUGGAAUUUAUAACAUAAAUCCAAUGUUAAUCAGUGAAAUAUUUCCAUAUCAAUCGAGGGCAAAAGCUACACAGUUGACACAAUUUCCGGCAAUGUUAAUAAUUCUUUGCCUAGUUCUCGCCUAUCCUUCUGCAACAAAAAAUUUUGGAUCAUUAUUUUUAUUGCCUUUAUUGGCCUUUAGUUUAUUAAUUAUUUUUUUAUUAUUUUUAUGGCUACCAGAAACUAAAAGCAAACCAAUAGACGAAAUAUUUAGAAAUUUAGCAGAUUCUCGAACUCCGUCUUUAACUGAUUAUGGAAGUAUUGAAUGUGGAGAAGUGAAAGGAGAAAAAAUUAAUUGGAAAAAGAAUGAAAGAGAAAAUUGUUUAUUUUCUUAA